AUGGUGUUAUCGACUCUGAUCUACCGUUACGACGGGUACCCGCGCAAGUUGGCGUUCUCCUAUCUUAACGAGAUCAGCAACGAGUUCCAGCAGAGUCAUGGCCAGGAUGCGCUUAGUGUGAGCGCUCGUCCCUUCGGUUUUUCUCUGUUUGACAACUUUUUGCUGAAAACGAAGAAGAUAUACCAGGACCAGCGGGUGCAGCUGAACUUGGACCGGUUGAACAACGACUUGACCGACGUCAAGAAGGUGAUGACGAAGAACAUCGAGGACUUGUUGUACCGGGGCGAUUCGCUCGACAAAAUGCUGGACUUGUCGCUGUCGUUGAAGAUGGACUCGGUCAAGUACCGCAAGCGGGCGCAGAGAAUUAACUUCGACGCCAUGAUCAGACAGUACGCGGUGAUUGGCGGUUUGGGGUUGUUCUUCAUGAUCAUCAUCUAUUUCAGAUAUUUGCGUUAA